AGCAGCCAGAGUGAACACUAAUCUCAUCGUUUGCUGUGGCAGCAUUUUCCAGACAGUGAUCCCAUGGAACUGCACAGAUAUUAUUCCAUAUAUCUUUAUAUUUAUUUGGCAUUGAUGUGCAACACGAGUGGUGAGCUGAAACCUCAAUCCAGUCUCCGGCAGAAACGUGAGACACAAAUUCAGAUUGAAGCAAUUAAGAAAGCAAUCAUGGAACAACUAGGAUUGGAAAAACCUCUUAAGCCCAGAAUUAAUAUUUCUAGAACAGAGGAGGAGAAAAUGUAUAAACUUUAUCUGCAGCGUGUGCGGAAAUCCAACCAAUAUAUUAGUUUGUUGAACAAGAAGUCCACCAGAAUGGAUUCUGUCAGCUCAGUUAUUGUAAAGGGAACAAGUGAUAUGAGCAACAACAAACAACAACUGUACUUUAAUGUUUCCAAUGUCAAGAACAUACUUGUCUUUCCUAAAGUAAAGGUCUUGAGAAGUGAACUUAGAUUCUACAAGCGCAAAUGUCAGAAUGGAAAUUUACAUCAGAAAAUGACGGAUGAAAACCCACAGCUCGUAAAAGUCUACAACUUAUUCAAGCCAGCAACUAAUAAGGCAGAGAUACAGCCUCAUUUUCUUGGUUCUAAAGUCCUUACAUCCAAUUUUGAAAAAGUUGAAACAUCUGACAUUCAAAAAACUGUUGAACAUUGGAUAAAUUAUCCGCAGGAAAAUUAUGGUAUUGAAUUAGAGCUGCUUCCGUGGUUGUCCAGUCAAAAGCAUGAUUCUGAAGACAAAGUGUCUCUUGAAGUAGAACUGAAAAUAGAAGUGCAAACAAAUGUUAAAGAAAUCCGGACACGUCGUGAAAGCUACACUGAGGACUGCCAGAGAAGCCAGAUACGUUGUUGUAGGCGAUCGCUACAUGUGUCUUUUGAAGAGAUUGGAUGGUCAGGUUGGAUCAGAGCCCCACUAAGUUACAAUGCCUUUUAUUGUGAUGGGACAUGUCCAGUAAAGUACAAACUGGCCACAAUGCAUACACUUAUCAAAUCAAAGAUGCAUCAACUUUCUAAUGGAGCUAUUCCAGCCCCCUGCUGUGUUCCUGCAUCCUAUGAGCCAUUAACUUUGCUCCACUUUAACAGUAAUGACAAAUUAGUACUGACAGCAUUUGAUAACAUGAUUGUCUCCAAAUGCCACUGUUCUUAAUUUUAUGAAAUUUCAAAUUUAGGUAUUUAUUGGAAGAAUAUUUAUUGAUAUUUAUGUGUUAUACCUACUUAGGUUAAAUAUUAUUAUCCUGGUAAUUAUUAUAUUAAUCCCUUCUAAUAACAGUUCAUUUUAAUCAACAUCAGAUUAAAAUAAGUAUUACAUGGAUAUGUCUUUCUGUAUUUUUUUGUUCUCUAUUAAAAUGUAAUGUCUGAAGAUCCACAUUCACAUUGGUGGUUGAUAGUGAAUUGAAGCUUACACAAAUUUCAAUGAAAAUCUUAGAGUCAUGGAAAAGUACGGCACAUAUAGUCUAUGCCAAGCCAUUUAAACUGCCUACCCUUGUCGACCUGCACCAGGACCAUAGACCUCCAUACGCCUACCAUCCAUGUACCUAUCCAAACUUCUCUUAAAUGGUGAAAUCGAGCUUGCAUGCAUCACUUGCACUGGCAGUUCAUUUCACACUCUUAUGACUCACUGAAUGAAGCAGAUUUCCCUCAUGUUCCCCCUAAACUUUUCACCUUUCACCCUUAACCCACAACCUCUGGUUGUAGUCCCAGCUAACCCCAGUGGAAAAAGCCGUCUUGCAUUUACCCUAUUUUAUACCCCUCAUAAUUUUAUAUACUUCCAUCAAAUCUCCUCUCAAUUUUCUACAUUCCAAGGAAUAAAAUUUAUUCAAUCUUUCUAUAUACCCCAAGUUCUCUGGACUGGGCAACAUCCUAGUAAAUUUUCUCUGCACUCUUUCAACCUUAUUUACAUCUUUUCUGUAGGUAGGUGAUGAAAAACUGCACAAAAUACUCUAAAUUAGGCAUCACCAAUGUCCUAUACAGCUUCAACAUAACAUCCCAUUUUCUGUACUCAAUACUUGUGUACAAAAGUAUCUUUAUGACCAUAUCUACCUGUGACACUACUUUCAAUGAAUUAUGGACCUGUAUUCCCAGAUCUCUUUGUUCUACCGCACUCCUCAGUGCCCUACCGUUCACUGUGUAAGACCUACCCUGGUUGGUCCUACCAAAGUGCAACAUCUUGUACUUGUCUGCAUUAAAUAACAUCUGCCAUUUUUUCAGCCCAUUGUUCCAGUUGGUACAGAUUCUGAAGUGGAUAGUCUUCAUCACUGACCAUAAUCUUGGUGUCAUCCACAAGUUUUGCUGAUCCAUUUAACCACUUUAUCAUCCAGAUUGUUGAUAUGGAUGACAAACAACAAUGGACCCAGCACCGAUCCCUGUGGCACUCCACAAGUCACAGGCCUCCAGUCAGAGAGGCAACCAUCUACUACCACUCUCUGGCUUCUCCCACAAAACUAAUGUCUAAACCAAUUUACUACCUCAUUUCAAUGCUGAGCAACUGACCUUUUUGACCAAAUUGGCGGGAGGAGAGAGAGCAGCGCACUGCGCGUGCGCAGCCCUCCGGUGAAAAAUGAUAUUGUAUCCAUUAAGUAGGGGCUGUGGACAAUUUUGAUUUGAUGGAGACGGACGUGAAAGCACAGAGGAACAUCUGGAAAAAUUUCUGAAACGCCAGUUCGCUGCUGUUGUUACUGCGCAGUCGGGAAUCUUUUGGAGGGAAGGCCUCAGAAUCCCUGGCUUUGCCUGCUGUUGGCGACCGAGAUGGAGGUCGAAUCGUUCAGAUAGAGAUGGCGCUCAGUACUUGGUGUCGGAGAGCUGAUCAGAGUUCUAAAUUUUCGGAUGACUCAGAGUCGGACCGUGGUCGGGUAUGGCAGGGAGAGUUUUUCUUCCUUCUUCCGUCUGCGUGAGAUUUGGGACAUUUGAGAGACUUUGAACUUUUACUGUGCUCAUGGACUUCUUCAUCAAGUUAUGGUAUUGUUGCACUGUUGUAACUAUAUGUUAUAAUUAUGUGGUUUUGUUAGUUUUUUUCAGUCUUGGUCUGUCCUGUGUUUUGUGAUAUCACACCGGAGGAAGUAGUGUAUCAUUUCUUAAUGCAUGCAUUACUAAAUGGCAAUAAAAGAGGACUGCGUGUCUUCAUAAUCUAAAUUCCCAUGCGGGACCUUGUCAGAUGCCAUACAAUAGUCCAUGCAGACAACAUCCACUGCCUUGCCUUCAUCAUCUUUCCUGGUAUAUUCUUCGAAGAACUCUAUACGAUUGGUUAGA